UUUCAAAAUAAGUUGGUGGUGCCAACUUUUAUCAAGGCUUUUCUUUUAAACAUGAAGAAAUUGUUAAUAACAGGAGCAGUGUUAAUAGUUCUGAUUGGAUUAGGGGCAUGGGCUUAUGUUUCCAUUACACCACCACCUCCUAAGAGAUGCGGAACACCCGGUGGCCCACCUAUUACCGCCCCUAGGAUCCGUCUAAGCGAUGGCCGCUAUCUGGCCUACGAAGAACAUGGAGUUAGUAGACAAAAUGCCACUUUCAAGAUCAUCUAUAUCCACGCUUUCUCCACAUUUAGGCGCGAUGCUGUUAUCGCCACCCGUGUUCGCCCUGGUUUUCUAGAGAAGAACGGUAUCUAUGUGGUGUCAUACGAUCGGCCUGGUUAUGGAGAGAGCGAUCCUCACUCGAGUCGCAAUGAAAAGACUUUAGCUCAUGACGUUGAACAACUCGCUGACCAAUUACAACUUGGUUCCAAAUUUUAUGUGGUUGGAUACUCAAUGGGAGGUCAAGGUGUUUGGGGUGUUCUCAAGUACAUUCCUCACAGGCUCGCUGGAGCGACAUUGCUUUGUCCUGUAACCAACUCAUGGUGGCCAAGUUUCCCAGAUAGUUUGACAUGGGAGCUAUGGAACAAGCAAUCUAAAACCGAAAGGUUUGCGAUGCUCGUUACUCAUCACACUCCAUGGCUACUCUAUUGGUGGAACACUCAAAAGCUAUUCGCAACAACAGCUGUGAUGGAAUCAAGCCCCAAGAUAUUCUCUCCCCAAGAUCUUUCAUUACUGCCCAAACUCGCCGCAAGGGUGCCUUACAAGAACCAAACGACGCAACAAGGGACACACGAAUCACUAGACCGAGACCUGAUUGUUGGAUUUGGGAAAUGGAGUUUUGAUCCGAUGAAGAUCGACAAUCCGUUCCCAAAGGGUGAAGGUUCGAUACACAUGUGGCAAGGGGAUGAUGAUCGGCUUGUACCGAUACAACUACAAAGGAUCAUUGCACAGAAAUUAAGCUGGAUCAAGUAUCAUGAGAUUCCAGGUGCUGGUCAUAUUUUUCCGAUGGCGGAUGGGAUGGCGGAAACUGUCUUAAAAGAACUCUUGCCUAUUCCUCAAUCAUCUUAAAUUCAUUUCAUGCGGUUUGACAUUGUUUAGACUCACACAAAAAAAGCUGUACAUUUUGUUCCACCCCUUUGUUCAUCUAGUAUUGUGUA